UGAAGAUAUAUAUGUAAAUGUCAUUAUUCAAGAAGGGCGGGAACUAAUGGACGCUUAUCCAGACGAAUUUGACCGCCAGAAAAUUUAUAAUUGUCAUCUUGAAACUCCAAGAUCAGUCACAAAGCUUACAGGGACUGCUGAUUUAUUUAAACCAGUCAACGAUGGCGAUAACCAAACGUACCCGCGAACCAUACUUGUUAUAGGAAGGCCUGGAAUUGGUAAGACUAUGUUGACGAGAAAACUUCUACAUCAGUGGAAAGAAAACGAAGGACAGUUCUGGCAAGAUAAGAUAAUUAUCAGUCUGCAAUUUCGCGUCCUAAACAACAAAACUGUUACUCUUCGGGAAAUGCUAAGAUAUGGUGCAGGACUGACUGAUACAAUCUUUAAAAGUGUGUAUUAUUUCAUCCUUACCAACCCCACAAAUGUAGUUCUUGUUUUUGAUGGAUUGGACGAACUUAAUGUUGAUGGACAGCUUUUGUGUUCGUAUACUGACCCAGUAUGUGGUUUAAAUGACAAGAUGCCAGUGUUUUCAAUUUUUCGAAUGUUGAUCAAAGGUAAAUUGCUGAAAGGCGUCACAGUAUUGACCACAUCACGCCCUACAGCAGGAGAUCUUUUUGAGAACAUAGGUUUUAAGAGAACUGUGGAGAUCCUAGGUUUUUUUCAUGAAGAAAUCAAAGAGUACGUUUUUAACUUCUGUAAGGAUGAUAAACGCACCGGUGGAUUGAUUUGGAAUCAAAUUCAAAAUUCAGCAGAACUGUGCAGUUUGUGCUACGUACCAGUAAAUAGUUACAUCGCCUGCUUAACAUUGAAAGAAAGCAUUGAAUUUGAUGAAAUGGAAAAGAAUGCUCCAAAAACUAUUACUGAAUUAUACAAUAGAGCAGUUAAAGUCUUAAUGUAUAGACACCAUCCAAGAUACAAGUUGCUACCAAGGCCAAAUGAUUACCUGAUCUCCCCUUAUCCCAGAGAACUCGAUGAUGACUUAAAGAAGCUGAAACAAAUUGCCAUGGAUGGAAUAAGAAAAGGAAGGUUAAUUUUCGAACGAAAAUCUGGGGACGAGUUUGGCGAACUAGCCAAUUGUGGUUUAUUUAACAAAUUGCCAGACAAACGUCGAAAUUACUUUUGCUUUUUACACUUGACCCUUCAAGAGUUUCUUGCUGCGUCAAAGGUGGUUGAUGAUGGCAUGCAAAAUGUUGAGGAAUUCCUGGAGGCACAUAUUCCUUAUCCAAAGUGGUAUUUGGUGAUACAGUUUGUGGCUGGUUUGGUUGGAGAUAAGAUUAAAAGUGGUGAAGAUUAUUCUGGAAGGGAAAAAAUCCUUGAUGAUAUAGUAAACAGGUUUGAGGAAUGGGUGUUUAAAUUGGAAAGCAGUAAAAGCAAAAUGGCUUUACUUGGAAUAAAGUGUUUGUACGAAAUGCAAGAUAUUAAUAUAAUGAAGUCGGUUUCUGGUAAAUUUUUGGAAAAAAGACAUGGAGAGCUGCAUUUGAAAGACCUAAUUAUCACACCAGUUGAUUCUGCCGCUUUGUUUAUUUUUUUUGGAAGUACCCAAAAGUUAAAACGACUACUUCUUCAUCAGAACUGCAAGAUACGGGGUGAGUACAGCUACCGUAAAAUGGAGAAGCUUUUCGUCACUGAAGGAAGCGCUGUCACCUUUUUUCAAUGGAGGUUAUAUACAUAUUCGAAGUAUUUUGAAUACUUUUGUAAUGCUUUAAAAAGUGAGCAUUGUCAAUUGACCGAACUGCGUUACGAAGCAAUAGAACGGACAGAGCGUGUUGAGGAAGCUUCCGAUAAUGAAACUGAAGAUGAGCUUGAAAUAAAUGACACAAGUGAUGUAGAAGGUCCCAACUAUUCUAAUUUAACAGUCGUAGGAUAUCUGAGUAAAGCUUUGGAAAGCGAAAACUGUAAACUUAUUGUAUUGCACUUGGUUGUUACCAACGGAAUAACUGAUUAUGAUGUUAAAUGUCUUUGUGAAGCUUUAAACAGUUUAGAUUGUAAACUUACUGAAUUGCACCUCAGUCAUAAUCGUAUAACAAGUCAAGGUGUUAAAUAUCUUAGUGAGGUUUUGAAAACUGAACCUUGUAAACUCACUCAAUUGUACCUCGAUGAUAAUAAGAUAAAAAUUCAAGGUGUUGAAUAUCUUAUUGAAACCUUAAGAAAUAAAAAUUGUAAACUUACUCGAUUGAGCCUCAAUGAUAAUAAGAUAACAGAUCAAGGUGUUGAAUGCCUUAAUAAAGCUUUAACAAGUGAGAAUUGUAAACUUACUGAAUUGAAUCUCAGUUGCAAUAAUAUAACAGAUUCAGGUGUUAAAAAUCUUAGUGAAGCUUUAAAAAAUAGAAAUUGUAAACUUACUGCAUUACACCUAAAUAACAACAAGAUAACAGAUCAAGGUGUUGAAUGCCUUGAUAAAGCUUUAACAAGUGAGAAUUGUAAACUUACUGAAUUGAAUCUCAGUUGCAUUAAUAUAACAGAUUCAGGUGUUAAAAAUCUUAGUGAAGCUUUAAAAAAUAGAAAUUGUAAACUUACUCGAUUGAGCCUCAAUGAUAAUAAGAUAACAGAUCAAGGUGUUGAAUGCCUUAAUAAAGCUUUAACAAGUGAGAAUUGUAAACUUACUGAAUUCGAGUUUACUUAUAAUGUUGCAGAUGCUUCUUAUAUUGUAUCUUACUGCUGA